UUUUUAACAAACUAAACCACCCCCACAAACCCACUGUUUGUGCGCCUGCGACCCACUUUGUCCUCUACUCCCCACCGCCAAUCUCCGCACCUCUCCGCCUCCGCCGCCCAUGUUGCCCUACAAAACCAUCCAUGAGGCGGAGACCGCCCUCGGCCGAGCCCUAACCACCGUCGAAACCGUAUGGUUCAACUACUCCGCCACCAAAUCCGACUACUUCCUCUACUGCCAUAACAUUCUCUUCCUCUUCCUCGUAUUCUCCGUCGUCCCGCUCUUCUACAUCCUCAUCGAAUUCGUUUACAAGAAAAUCCACAUCUACAAAAUCCAACCCAAAAUCAAACUCUCCUAUUCCGAAACCUUCAAAUGUUACAGAGACGUAAUGCGCAUGUUCUUCUUCGUCGUUGGCCCUCUCCAACUCAUCUCCUACCCUUCCAUCAAAAUUAUUGGGAUUCGGACGAGUUUACCAUUGCCAUCACUGAGUGAAAUUGUUGCGCAAUUGGGGGUUUAUUUCAUAAUUGAGGACUAUACGAACUAUUGGAUCCAUAGGUUUCUGCAUUGCAAAUGGGGGUACGAGAAAAUUCAUAGGGUUCACCAUGAAUAUACUGCACCGAUCGGGUAUGCAGCGCCAUACGCGCACUGGGCGGAGGUUUUGAUUCUUGGGAUUCCUUCAUUCCUAGGGCCUGCCAUUGUUCCAGGGCACAUGAUUACAUUUUGGCUAUGGAUUGUUUUGAGGCAGAUUGAGGCCAUUGAGACUCACAGUGGGUACGACAUUCCUUGGACUCCCACAAAAUAUAUUCCAUUUUAUGGUGGUGCAGAAUACCAUGAUUACCAUCAUUAUGUUGGUGGACAGAGCCAGAGCAACUUUGCUUCUGUGUUCACCUACUGUGAUUACAUCUAUGGAACUGAUAAGGGCUUCCGGUACCAAAAGAGGCUCCUCCGGCAGUUGAAAGAUGAAUUGAAGAGCAGUGGGCAACAAAAUGGAGGCCAAAACAACAUCCCUGGUGGAGAUUUCAAAUAUGACUAAACAUGGAGCUUCAGAACCGAAGACUAGCCAUUGGUUUUUCCAGCAUGCUUCUCAAUAGUGACAACGCUUCGAACCUGAUGUUCAAGUUCACAUCAUCUGUUGUUCUCACUUCUCACUAUGCCAUGGUCUGGAAUAUUAGAGAUUUUUGGCUGUCUAGAUGGAGAUGACUGUGGUCUUUCGGUAUUGUGAUCCUUUGUAGUAUGAUGGGUGAAUCUUGAAAACUCCGGGUUUAGGUGUAUAACCUGAUGUUUUUAAACAGUAUGUUCAGUUCAUUAUCUUAUAAAUUGGGGGCUUAUUGCUUCUGAUUCUUGUGAA